GGCGGCCGCCCUGCACUGAGGAGCCCGGCCGAGCGAGGCCCGCGGAGCUGUCAUGGAGGAGUUGGUGGAAGAUGACAUCUGUAUUUUGAACCAUGAAAAAGCAGAUAACACUCACAAGAGAGAUGGGGAGGUUCCUGUUUCACCCUACAGCGGAGAUGAGUCUGUGGCCUCACACUUUGCCCUUGUCACUGCAUACGAAGACAUCAAGAAACGACUAAAGGAGUCGGAGAAGGAAAACUCCCUCUUAAAGAAAAGAGUGAGAAUUCUGGAAGAGAAGCUCCUGGGCUCGCGGCUGGAGGAGGAGUGCAGCUCUGUGGGCCGCGAGCAGGUGAACAAGGCCUACCAGGCCUACCGAGAGGCCUGCAUCGACCGCGACGCGCUCAAAAGCAAGCUGGAUAAGAUGAGGAAAGAAACUUCAGAAUCUUUGAAAAUCAUGAAUGAGCAGUUGCAGUCUAAAGAAGUGGAACUCUUACAACUGAGAACUGAAGUGGAAACUCAGCAAGUGAUGAAAAAGCUGAAUAGUACUCAGUCUAGCUGGGAAAUAGAGAAGCUGAACAGCGACCUGAAAGUGCGUAGUCUGGAAAAGGAUCUAGAAGAGCUCAAGGAAGAGUGCAACAGUCUCAGAAAGGAACUGCAAAAAUCCAAGCAGAAGUAUUUACAGUUAAUAGAUCUGAGCUCAUCUGCUCAUUUCCUGUCCCUCCUCCUUUCCCCUCACUCGGAUGCACAGGACCAGGCUCAAGAAGAAAAAUCACUAAAUGGGGACCUCCUUCAAAGCCAAAGCAUUCAGAGUUUCCAACAAGCAUAUUGGGAUCUGAAGAGAGAAAUGUCUAAUUUGCACCUAGUGACUGAAAUGCAAGCUGAGGUUCUACGAAAACUGAAAACAAAUCCAACAGCAACCAAGAAAGCUGCUUCUGCACCAGUGCAGUGUGUUGAAGACUUGGAGAAGAACCUUACGAAGCUGCAUUUGACCACAGUCUAUAAAAGCCCAUCUCUGGCACCGAACGAUCAAGUCCUCUGCAGUGCUCUGCCCCUCCCUGUAAAAAUCCCCUCUGAAAGAGUGACUCUGCACACGUGGACAGAUGGCAGACCUACGCCAGUGGAUGGGAAAACAUUUCAGGAACAGCAUUCUUAUGGCAAGAGCUCUCUGGAAGAUAAUUCCUGGGUAUUCCCAAGUCCUCCAAAGCCUAAUGAGAAUGCCUUUUGGGAAAUGAAAAACAAAACAUCCCUGUUAAACUGUCCAGUAGAUUACCUGGAUCAGUGUAAUCAAAAUUGCCUGCACAAGAGUUAAGCAAUUUUCAGAAUGAACUGAAGCAUUUUUAGAGUGGUUCUGAAUAGGCACCUUAUUGCUGGAAUUUUUUACAGGGGGCAAACAAUGAGUUGAGACUUUUUUU